GCUGUGCGUGGAUGUGAAACCCCACCCAAUGAGGAAGGACGAGCCGUGAGAGCAGCAGCAGCAGGAGCCCGCAGACCCGAGCCGACCGACCGCACCAUGAUCGCGCUAUUCAACAAGCUGCUGGACUGGUUCAAGGCGCUCUUCUGGAAAGAGGAGAUGGAGCUGACGCUGGUCGGCCUGCAGUACUCCGGGAAAACCACCUUCGUCAACGUGAUCGCGUCUGGUCAGUUCAGUGAGGACAUGAUCCCCACCGUCGGCUUCAACAUGCGCAAGAUCACCAAAGGAAACGUCACCAUCAAGUUGUGGGAUAUCGGUGGUCAGCCGCGCUUCAGGAGUAUGUGGGAGCGUUACUGUCGUGGCGUCAGCGCUAUAGUGUACAUGGUGGACGCAGCAGAUCCAGAGAAGAUCGAGGCAUCGAAGAACGAGCUGCACAACCUGCUGGACAAACCACAGCUACAGGGCAUCCCGGUGCUGGUCCUCGGCAACAAAAGAGAUCUUCCCGGAGCUCUAGAUGAGAAAGAGCUCAUUGAGAGAAUGAAUCUGUCGGCCAUCCAGGACAGAGAGAUCUGCUGUUACUCUAUCUCCUGUAAAGAGAAGGACAACAUCGACAUCACACUACAGUGGCUGAUCCAGCACUCGCGGACCCGGCGGAGCUGAGGGCGAGGCGUCUGAUUGGAGGAGCUGCGUCAUGUGAUCAGCUGUAUUCCAUUAUAAACAAACGAGCAUCCGCCCCUCCCCCUCUGUUCUGAUAAACUAAUCAACAUCAUGUCCAUCGUUUGAUUUUUCAGUUUUUACUUGAAUGUGCUUUUUUACGGUUCGUCAUGACGUGUUUGGUCUCCUCGCGUGCGGCGUUCUGCAUGUUUGGGAACGAACCAGCGCUCGGCAGUACGUUCGCGCCAACCUUGUUGUUUUAAUGUUAUUCCAGCGUUCCCAGAACAUUCCCAGAGAAUCUGCUGAUUGUACGCAUUUAACGAGAUGGUGAAUCUUAGCAUCGUUAGCUUAUGUGUGCGAUCUGGCGAUUAUAACAUCACACUGUUAGCCAAGGUCACAUGGUGUGCGUAAAAUCUUGUAGCAUAACAAAAUCUGUCGUUUUAUCGGAAAGCACACGAAUCAGUCCGAAUGAAGGUUUUAUAUGUUUUCUUUGUGUCGCCGUUGCGUGCAGAACAACAUCAGUGUUUAGACGAUUCUUUGAUCCCCGAUUGUUCGUGAAACCAUAUCAGACGGCAAACGCUGAUCUGUUUCUGUUCGUUGCGCUAAUAAAACCGAAUAUCGUGCGAAUCUCUUGGUUCCGAACGCUGUUCAUAUCGGGGAGAAAUGAAGAUCUUGCCAUUGUUUUUUCCGCUUUAAUUUUGUUUACAGCUUGUUUCGUUUUUGUCGCACAUGUGGACGUUUUUGGCCUAAAUCAUAACGAUUUAUAAACACGUCAGUAGUUUAUACAUAUGUAAAUUGACAUAUUUUUUCAUUCUUUAUUUGUUUUUGGCAUGUUUUUACUCAUGUUUUUCAGUGUUUUUCAACUGGAUUAUGUAAAUAGCAACUUAAACCAAAUGAGAUCUCCCCUCUGAGCAUUACAGUGUUUGUCUUAUUGUGAUUAGCAUCCUACGAUAAUAAUAAUUAUAAUAAUAAUAACAAUAAUGAUAUUGAAGAAGACUCCACUCAUAUUCACAGCAAUCUGAAUGAGCGGAUUGUGUGUGUGAGCGAUUGUGUAUGUGCGCGCGAAUGCCGUGAUGUAGACUUGAAUAAUAUUUACGUUAUAAAUGCCGCAGGUUUUUUCUGUUGAUUUUGCGCAACUGCUAAUCAUUUUGUAUUCAUCUGCACUAAUAAUUUGAUUUUCUGCGUACCAUGAGUUCAUAAUCUAGAUGAGUUAGAACACACAAGACGACAAAUCGGCAUGGCUAAGCUUAAAAGUGGAUGUAGCAAAUUCAUGUUACGACCCACGUUACAAUGGUAGUUAUUUUUAUUAAAACUGCUAACAUUUUAGCAUUAUUGUCGUUGAAAAGCGACAACAUAGGCAUUUACGAAGUCAACGAAAUUGAUGUAAAACAAAAUUCGAAGUUAGCCAAGUGAAGUUUGUAAUUCGUUACAAAUUCGUUAUCAUCAUAAAUUGCUUUAAAUGUAAUAAAAUUUAUAAAUUUGUUGAUUUAUAACAAUGUAAUUAAUUAAGUCAUAUUCAUGGCAUGCAACUUUGUUACAUUGUUAGUUUCUAAGUGCCCUUUAUGUCAUAAAAUGAUACAUUUUUAAAUUAUAGUUGGCCGACUGUCAUUUUGUCGUGUUGCGCAAGUCGAUUUGACACUAAUUGCAGAACACUAGAUUUUCUGCUCUCAUUCAUCGUGACUUAAGCUCAUCUGGCCUCUCGUGACAUCAGUAUGUGUUUAUUUGAAUAUUUUUGUGUGUACUUAAAUGUGGCCAAAAGUUUUUUUGUUUUGAUAUGUUGGGAUUCCACACUGGUUUCCCGUUGCAUGGCUCAUUAUGGGAUGGAGCAGGUUGCCAUAGUUACUGUAUAAUCAGAGUGUGAUUGGACUGAGCUCAAUGACGUUUUUUUUUGCUCCUGUUUAUAUAUGGACCCCACAGUACCUUUUUAAAGCAGUCACAUAACUACAGUUUCUGUACAAGACUCGAUCACUUGAGUUUUACAUUCGGGAUCUUUCUAUUCUCUCGUACUCGCGGUGAUAACUGUACAUGUUGUUCUUGUUAUUUACAGAUUAUUUAAAAAUGAAAUUAAAUGAUUUCCCUCUCA